GCCAUUUUGGCUCAUGCCUUGUGUCUCGCCUGCUUUCGGGCGCUCGCAGGACCGCAUGGGAUGGCUAUGGGUGGGGACCCACGGAGGUUCCCCCGCCGCCAGUGCCCAGAGCGCGGCGAGGCGGCGCGGCGGGCGCGGGCGGUUUCCGAUGCUGCGGUGCAGCGCGCCCUCGCCCGCGCCGCUGUGCUAGAGGAGCAGCUGGCGGCCGCAGAGGAGGGGCUGGAAACGGUAGUCGGCGGUGCUGCCCUGGCUGACCGCCUGGCCGCGGUGCUCUUUGCGCUGCGCCAGCUGGUCCGCGGCGGGCAGCCCGCGUGGCUUGAGCGCCUGCGGCGCAACGUGGAGCUGCACGCGAAGGUUCCCGCCAUCGUCGGCCGCAUUGCUGACGCGUCGGCGCCGGAGCUCCGGGCAGCGCAGAAGGCUGGGCGCCUCGGCGCGGCCACCGGCUCCGGGGCAGGAUGGCGUCUGGUUUUACCUCUCGACACCGAUGCGCCGAGCUUCGUGCCGUCCGAAGGCCGCAGGCUGGCCCUGCCUGCGACGUGCACAUGCGGUGCGGUGGUAUUUUCCUGCUCCGCCAGGGCUGCCGCAUUUUCCUCGUGGGAGACGAUGUCAGCGAACGCCGAGUUCCUGGAGUACACGGCUUGGGUCGGCCUCCCAGCGGCUGCGCUGGUGCCGAAGCGCGAGCCGCGGUACAAGCACCCGUUCGUGCGCCUGGCCGAGCGGCUCGGCACCCAAGGGGUCCGCGGCGUGGGUCAGCCUCCCCGCGGCGUCGCUGCUGCCGACGCGCGCUGCUAGGAGAGUGCAGCCGUUCGCUCGUCGGGUCGUCAUGCUCGCUGAGACGGACGCGUGGGAAGGCGUUGAUCGCCGCCGAUCUUAUCCGGAAGGGCUCGGGCAUGAGCCCGCGGGCCGUGGAGUGCUGGCGGGGUGCUCCAGCUCGGCGGCCCCAACGCACUCUGAGGCCGAUUUCACAGUGCAGGCCGUCUUGUAGGGGCAGAGAAUUUGCAUGCUGAGGCCUGCUGCCGACUACCUAGCGGAUCUCGUGCGCGAGGUGCGUGAGCUUCGCCUCAGUCCGCAGGAUGUCGAUGCGAUCGAGUCGCUCUCGUCGUUGGGGGGCGGCGAUCAUCGACGCUUUGGUUGCGGAAGGGGAAGCGACGCUCGUGGAUUUGAUGUAGGAGGAGGAGGACACUGCGGCGUUGGUGCUCGACGGGCUGGGUGUGCUCGGAGGUGCUGGCCGAGGCACGGUGUUCGAGCCGCAUGCCACCCCGCAGGAAAGGAAGGAGUUGGCCGACGCCAUGAAACCUCAGCGGAUGUGCCGUGUCCGUCGCAUGUGUACGGCGUUGUGGUUGGCUGGCUCGCAAGGCGGAGUGGUGCUAGCUCCCACGGUGCAGUGAGUGGCAGCCGCACGGCAACCCACCUGCGCCGAACGCAUGCGUGCAGCGGUCCCCCCGCGAAGUGACAAC